AACAAUUUUGAACGGGCGGAGCUUGCACGUGUAUCCUGCGUAUUGUCAUACGCAGCUUGAAUUCAGUUAAGAUUUAUUGAUCGGUAAAUUUAAUUUUAGGUUACCCAAGUUACCCGCUGCUUUAUAUGCUCCAUCUCCAGCAGAAUUUAGGCUGCACUGUCUCUUUUGCCAGCUAUGGAUGAAAAAAGCGACGAUAUUGGCGAAUUUGACCCCAGCAUCCCUGAAGAGGGUCCAUCAGCGCCCCCUCCUGGCUGGUUGGACAGCGUAGAAGGUUAUGGGGACCCUAAAGAUGACGAUUGCACAGACCAGAUCUGCCCUCUACCGGCUGACUUUGUCCCACACCCUGAACAUGACAGGAAUGCGUCUGUCCCCAAUGUGAAGGUUCCUCAGGUAUCUGAAGAUGUAGCCCGAGAGGCCUUGCUCCAGUUUGUGGGGAAAAAGUGGACAUACAGCAGCAAGCCAGCCCAAAACCUCGUCUUCAAGGACCUGAAGCCUUUCACAGUGUACCGUUACCGUUUGGAAACGUUUACUGAGUCAAGAUCAAGCUCUUGGGAGCAUGAGAUAUAUAAUGGGCAGGUUGUGGAUGGACCACAGUAUGGUAUGGCCCCGCCCCCAUGGCUAGUGGAAGUUCAGUAUCCAACCAAAUUCACUGACACAGUGCAGAAAGUGCAUGUUCCACACACCUCAUCUGUAAAAACUUGCUACAGAUGUCACGGGAAGGGGCGGGUGAGAUGCACACACUGUCACGGCAGAGGACGGACUAGCUGCAUGUCCUGCCACGGGGUGAGCCACGGCCGCAACAGAAGAUGCACCAGCUGUCAUGGGAGAGGAAGCAGAGUGUGUACAUGGUGCCACAGUAGCGGACACAAAACAUGCCGCAAAUGCAACGGCAAUAAGAAGCUUUUACACUUUAUAGAGCUCAAAAUCACAUGGAAAAACCAGGUGUAUGAGUUCAUACCUGACCGACAGCUCGAGUUCCCCAUGAAGAAAUUUGAGAAGGUCUCUGGGGAAGUGUUCUUCACUGAUGAAAGUAUCCUGGUCUAUCCGAUAGUGGGCUUCCCUGACCAGGAUAUCUGCGAUGCCUCCAAAGGAGCGAUCCAGGAGCAUCUAACCAAAUAUUCUGUCGUCAGCCGCAUUCUACAACAGCGGCAGACAAUAGAGCUGGUGCCUCUUACUCAUGCUUUCUACUCAUACAAUGGGAAAGACUAUGACUAUUUUGUUUAUGGGACAGAAAACAGGGUUCACACCACUAAAUAUCCGUCCUCCUGCACUGUCCUGUAACCUUCCUGUCUCAUCCCUUCAGGUCGAUGAAGUUAUUAUUAUCUGUUGUUUUAUAAUAUAUUUUAAUAUAGGCUGCUGAAAAACCUCUGAUUGUUUAUGCAUUAAUGUAACUCGAAAAGUCUGUUUAGUUGGACAAUAAUGGAACAAAAGACAUAAAAUGAGUGAAGAUUUUUUUAAAACUAUGCUUUCAAAAGCUCCAUAAUCAUAUUACAGUAUAACUGUAUGAAUAUGCUAUACAACAUUAAUUCCACUUUUUUCUUAGCUCAAGUGAUGGCUAUAUAUUGUUUAAGAUCUCCAGCUUUAAAAAAUGGAGCUAGGAGAAGAAAAUGAUAAAACGUUAACAUCUGCCAGUGGAACAAGUUGUUUUGGACCAUUGCUAUUGCUUAAGUCUGCAUGAAAUCUUCCCACAAUAUAAGGGUAACUGAUGUUUUCAAAUGGUAUGUUACAAUGAAACUGUGUAUGAUAUAUGAAUAAAACUGGCAAAAUGUCAGUUAUGAGACUUUUUA